GGGAGGGGUACGGGUUUGUUUUUGUUUGUGUACGUACAGUAGUAUAUUUUAUUUUAUUAUAUUCUUGUGUCGGGUGAAGACUUCUAACAUAGACCGGUUGACCUUAUUCAUAUUUUAUGUAGUUGUAUUGAAAAAUAACAGGAAUUCGAGAAAAUGUCAAGAGCAGCAGGGAAAAUCAGGACUGUGAAAAAGGCAAUAGAGAAGAUUGAACAUUCAACCAAAAUAAGAACUUUUGUUCCAGCAGGCAAGGCUUCGCCUAACCCUCCUCUAGGUCCCAUGUUGGGGCAGAGAGGAAUAAACAUUGCAGCAUUCGUAAAAGACUUCAAUGAAAAGACCAAAGAUAUAAAGGCAGGAAUUCCACUGCCCAUCAGAGUAUAUGUGAACCCAGACAGGAGCUACAGAUUGGUCAUUCACAAACCACCCGUCAUGUACUACUUGAUGCAAGCAGCUGGUAUUCAAAGAGGAGCAAUGCAGCCAGGCAAAGAGGUAGCAGGAAAAGUAACUCUAAAACAUAUAUACGAAAUUGCAAACAUAAAAAUGGAAGAUCCACCAAAUAUUUUGAAAACACUUGAACAACUAUGUGAGGAGACAAUACAAUGUGCUCAAAAUAUGGGUAUUGAAGUUGUAAAAUCUUUAGACGCAGAAGAAUAUCAACAGUUUCUAGAAAAAAGGAGAGAAGUUGUUUUGGAGCAAAGAAGAGAGUUGGAUGAGAAGAAAGAGGCUAAGCUUCUGAGGACAAGCUAAACCGGGUAGAUAUUGUGUUUCUCGUAGUGGAUUGUUAUUUGUAAUUGUAUAGUUCAAACUUAAUGUAAAAUAUUAAAAAAAAAUUGUGUACAAAGA